CCCCCAGUAGUGUUCACAGUGUUGGUCAAUGAUGAGGGGGCUGCCUGCAUUCGCAGUGCUGUUUGUGGCUGCUGUCGCAAGGGAGACAUUUGAGGGACAUCAGGUUCUUCGAAUCGUUCCAAAGGAUGAAGUCCAGCUGUCUCUCAUCAAGGAGCUGGAGGACAUGAUCCACUUCGAGCUGGACUUCUGGAGGGGUGUGACUGGUGUGGCCACUCCUGUAGAUGUCAGAGUUCCCAUCCACAGACUCCAAUCUGUCAAAAUUUACCUGGAGACACAGGACAUUGAGUACUCCAUCAUGAUUGAAGACCUGCAGGUGAUGCUGGACGAGGAGCAGGAGGAGAUGGUGUCUGCUGCUCGUGCCCCUGAGCCCAGAAACACUGACAGCUUCGACUACGCCACAUACCACACCAUCAGUGAGAUCUACAGUUUCCAGGACACACUGGUGGCUGAGAAUCCCAACUUGGUCAGCAAGAUCGUGAUCGGUCAGAGCUACGAGGGCCGUCCCCUUAAUGUGCUCAGGUUCAGCACUGGUGGAACCAACCGUCCUGCCAUCUGGAUCGACACUGGAAUCCACUCCAGAGAGUGGGUCACUCAGGCCAGCGGCACCUGGUUCGCCAAAAAGAUUGUGACUGAUUAUGGACGGGACCCUGCUCUCACGGUCAUCCUCAACAAUAUGGACAUCUUCCUGGAGACUGUGACCAACCCUGAUGGAUACAGCUACACCCACACCACUAACCGUCUGUGGCGUAAAACUCGGAAGCCCAACCCCCGCUCCAGAUGUGUGGGAGUCGAUCCCAACAGGAACUGGGACGCUGGUUUUGGAGGACCUGGUGCCAGCAACAACCCCUGCUCAGAGACCUACCGUGGACCCAGACCCAACUCUGAGUCUGAGGUCAGAUCCAUUGUAGACUUUGUCAGGUCUCAUGGCAACAUCAAAGCCUUCAUCUCCAUCCAUUCCUACUCUCAGUUGCUCCUGUACCCCUUUGGCUACACCAGAACUCCUGUCAGGGACCGGGCUGAGUUGCACAGUCUGGCUCAAAAGGCCAUCACUGACCUGGCCUCCCUGUACGGUACUCACUACAGAUUCGGCAGCAUCAUCACCACCAUCUAUCAAGCCAGUGGUGGCUCGAUUGACUGGACCUACGAACAGGGCAUCAAAUACUCCUAC